AUGAAAGUUUUACCUAAAUUGGUGUUAGGCCUAAAUAUAACGGCAUUUUUCACUACACUGCUUGGCGUAAAUGUAGACAUUUGUGAAAAUAAUCCUACUUCUAAUCCAAAAGAUUUACCAGAAUUACUGAAAAACAUUUACAAGGAAAGAUACUUCGAAUCAAUGGUGCUUUUGACAUCUCACACUUCAUUGAUAUCUCAUAGUUGGUGGAAUUCGAAGGCCAUAUUUGAGUGGAAAGUUCCAAAAAUUAUCUUAGCGCCAGGUCAGGAGUUUGAGUUAAGGAAAGUCUUCAAUAAGGAUAUCAUUGCUGUGGUCUUCAUGCCUUCCACAUUUGAUUCAGUUUUAUUUGACUCCUGUGCUCAGCUCCUAAACAAUACGCGGCAGAGCAGAAUUGUGGUGGCUACAAGUGAUUCGAAUAUGCUUCACGGCCAAUUCCAACAAGAGUUACUUCAAUCAUCCGCGGGAUACAAAAUGGCCAGACUUUUACUGGCGUUUCUUAAUGUCAAUGGUGGAGAGUUAUGCACUCAUCUAAAAUUGCAACCUUAUCCAACCUAUCGUUGGCAGUGUCCUACGCACCAUGGUUACUUCUAUCCCGAUUAUUGGAGAAAUUUACAUAAGAAAGCGGUUGUUGUGUAUGGUGAGCAAUCAGUUCCUCGCGUUUUUCUUUUCAAGGAUGCAAUGGGCAAUAUUCAGUACAGCGGCCAUAUAGGUAGACUAGUUCGAUUGUUUGUCCAACACUACAAUGCAACUAUGCAACCGUAUCAGCCACCUGUGGAGGAUAAUUCAACAUUUUAUACAAAAAUCGGAGUAUUAGUGAAACAGAAUCUCGUCGAUAUUCCCAUGACUUUAGAUUAUGGGAAAGAUGGACAUUGGCAUCUCAACUCAGACUUUGUAGAGGUAACUCAGGUCAAGCUAAUGGUGCCUUGUCCCAGACCUCUUGCCAUACAAGAGCUUUAUCCGUUGAUGUUAAAUUUUGAUUUCUUUGGAAGCCUGAUUUUUUGUACCAUCCUAUUUUCAUUUCUCCAUACACUCAUUGAUGCAAUCGUGGGAGAAAUUGUACAAGCCUGUUACUUCUUUUUGGAUGACAAGGCCUUACCUAGCAUAUUGGGACAAUCAUUUAAGGCCAGGCUGUCUCCUGUCUGUUCCCUCAAACUGCUAUACCUCAUAAUGUUCUUCACAGGACUGCAUACCAGUUUGCAUUUUGCAGCCAAAAUGAAAACACUCUUCACCACACCACCCUAUCGCAGGCACCUUAAAGACUUUGAUGAGCUCAACAGAUCACCUGUGAAGAUUCUGGUGUACGAGAAUUUUUUCUCGGAACCACCAUAUCCCAUUGAAAAGUUGAUCAUAACAAAGGACUAUGCCUCUUUUCAGGAGAUGCAGCAAAAUUUCAAUACCUCCUUUGGGUAUUACACCACCACUACUACUUGGCAGAUCUACAAGCGACAGCAACAAGGCAUAUCCCAUAAGAUUUUUUGUAUGUACAAUAACCUCACCAUCACAUCCAAGGUAUUAGGCUUGCGUCUGCCGAGCAAUUCGGAAUUAAAAGAACCCAUGGAUGAGCUUAUUCAACGAGCCCGUGAUCUGGGCCUCAUGAAGGCCUGGUAUUCGAUGACCUUUGGAGAUAUGUUGAAACAUAAUGAAUUGCAGCUACAUCAUGGCGAUAAUGUUGGAGAAGCUUCUGCGUUAACUGCUAGCGACUUAAGUUGGUUGUGGAUAAUAUCAGCCAUGGGUUUAAUGAUUGGCACUGUGAUGGAUGACUGUUGGCCAGUCAUGGCCAACGUUUAA